UGUUCCCCGGGCUUCAGACACGUCUGCUUUGACUGGACGCAGCAAACAAUGAAGUCCUAACGAGGCGCCACACGGGGAAGGCAAGACGCGGGUGACGUUGUGGUCUUUCUGCAUUCCUGAAACAUUUAAGACCUUUCCCCGCCUGCCGCAGUCUGCAGAAAUGAAAAAAACAAAAAAAAGACUUUCUUUUUAUUUUGGGUGCUGGAGUAGAAUAUAUAAUUCAAAGCCGCCUGGGGACCGAAGUUGGACGGGCCAAUUAAACGUGUCCCCGGAAACAUGGCCUAAAGAUGACCUUGUGAGCGGGGCCCAGAAUAUGAAACAAACUCACUGGCCGGACACUUCAUUAGUGAGUGAAGACUGUUGCGUUGCCAUGACGAGCGAGGAAGAGGAGGAGGGCCCUGGCGCUGCGGCAUCAUCGGCGCGGUCGGCGGCGGCAACCAUUGCCGACGGCGGCGACGGUGUCAUCACCCGACCCUCCACCUACCACCUCCCUGGCCCCGAGGAGGAGGAGGAGGAGGAGGAGGCCGAUGACGAGGAAGACGACGGCGGCAGCGUUCUGGUGGUGCCGCACCCCGAGCUGGUCCCUGUGGUCUUCUUCUGCCUCAAGCAGACCACAUGUCCUCGCAGUUUGUGCAUCCGCAUGGUCUCCAGUCCUUGGUUCGAGCGUGUGAGCAUGAUGGUGAUCUUGCUGAACUGUGUCACGUUGGGAAUGUACCAACCCUGCGAGAACAUCGACUGCUCCUCCGAUCGAUGUCAAAUACUGCAGGCCUUCGACGCCUUCAUCUACAUUUUCUUCGCCAUGGAGAUGGUCAUCAAGAUGGUGGCGCUGGGGAUCUUCGGCCGCCGCAGUUACCUGGGCGACACGUGGAACCGGCUGGACUUCUUCAUCGUCAUGGCAGGGAUGGUGGAAUACUCUCUGGACCUGCAGAACCUCAACUUCACAGCCAUCAGGACGGUCCGCGUCCUGCGACCGCUCAAAGCCAUCAACAGAGUGCCCAGCAUGCGCAUCCUGGUCAACCUGCUCCUGGACACGCUGCCCAUGCUGGGCAACGUCCUGCUGCUCUGCUUCUUCGUCUUCUUCAUCUUCGGCAUCAUCGGCGUGCAGCUGUGGGCGGGGCUUCUGAGGAACCGCUGCUACCCCGAGGAGAACUUCACACUCACGUACGGCGUCAGCCUGCCGCGUCCUUACUACAUGGCGAGCGAGGACGACGAGCGGCCCUUCAUCUGCUCGCUGCCCGUGGACAACGGCAUCAUGUCGUGUCUGGACGUGCCGGCGCGCCGCGAGGGAGGCCGCACGUGCUGCCUGGACAAGGAUGACGUGCUCUACCGCCAGUCGCUGGGUCUCAGCGUGGAGCCGCCCGCCAACGGCAGCGUGGGCGCGUCGGGCCUCUGCGUCAACUGGAACCGGUACUACACCAGGUGUCACACCGGCUCCAGCAACCCGCACAAGGGCGCCAUCAACUUCGACAACAUCGCCUACGCCUGGAUCGUCAUCUUCCAGGUGAUCACCUUGGAAGGCUGGGUGGAGAUCAUGUACUACGUCAUGGACGCUCACUCCUUCUACAACUUCAUCUACUUCAUCCUGCUCAUCAUCGUGGGCUCCUUCUUCAUGAUCAACCUGUGCCUGGUGGUCAUCGCCACGCAGUUCUCCGAGACCAAGCAGCGGGAGCACCAGCUGAUGCAGGAGCAGCGGGCGCGCUGCUCGUCCUCCUCCACGCUCGCCAGCGAGCCCGGCGACUGCUACGAGGCGCUCUUCCAGCUCAUCUGCCACAUGAUCCGCAAGGCCCGCAGGCAGACCGUCACCCUCCUCAACGCCGUGCGCGGGAAACCCCGCGGCUUUGGGGGCGUGGGCAGAGGCAGGAGAGGCGACGGCAGGGAGCGCAACGCCAACGGGAGAGGAGGGCGGGAGCGACGAGACGCCUUCCGACCAGGUCCACCCUGCCCCCACCGCCACAGAGCCCACCACGCCCCCUCAGGUGAGCCCACGGCGCUCACCACCGCCUGCCCCCAAUGCGACGGGGUGGUGGCGGCCAAGGAGGAGGCGGAGGCGGAGGAGGGGGCGGGGGAGGAGGCGGACACGAGGCUGUGGUACGAGGUGAGGAUGAAGCUGUGGGCCAUCGUGGAGAGCAAGUACUUCAACAGAGGCAUCAUGAUCGCCAUCCUGAUCAACACCAUCAGUAUGGGCAUCGAACAUCACCAGCAGCCCGAGGAGCUGACCAACGUUCUGGAGAUCUGCAACAUCGUCUUCACCAGCAUGUUCUCUCUGGAGAUGAUCCUCAAGCUCACCGCCUUCGGCUCCUUCAACUACCUGAGGAACCCUUACAACGUCUUCGACGGCGUCAUCGUCAUCAUAAGCGUCUGCGAGAUCGUGGGUCAGUCCGACGGCGGCUUGUCGGUGCUGAGAACCUUCCGGCUGCUGCGUGUGCUCAAGCUGGUCCGGUUCAUGCCGGCCCUGAGGAGACAGCUGGUGGUCCUGAUGAAGACCAUGGACAACGUGGCCACCUUCUGCAUGCUGCUCAUGCUCUUCAUCUUCAUCUUCAGGUAA